GCGUUUCAGACCCUCGACGAACAUGAUAAACAAAUACUGAUCAAGAACAGUUGCGUCGAGAUCAUCUUGAUCCGAUCGGCGGUGGUCUACGAUUACGAGUUAGGCUUUUGGGAUAUAUUUGUGAAAAACAACAAUUCAGUGAGGGUCAAACUGGAUAUAUUGAAAGAGAGUCCAUUGGAUGUCUACACCGUUUGCAAACAGUUUCUGGUAAAAGCAAAACGCGACUGCGAAUCCGACUCAAUUAUUUUUGACUUGUUAACAGCAAUCGUACUCUUUGACCCCAAACGGCCUAAUCUAGUGAAUAGAGAUGUAGUGAAAUUUCAACAGAAAAUAUAUUUGUAUUUAUUGAGACGAUAUCUGGCGCUCCGAUACCAACCCGAGAGUGAAAUAAAAUUUGCCAAAACAUUGAGUUUAUUAAACGAUUUGUACGUUUGGGGAGAUCUUCAGCGGAAGAGCUCUUUGACAAGAGAUCCCAACCAUUUGGGACCACUUCUCACAGAAAUACUUGAUAUUAACCAAUAAUUACAAACUCAC